AUGAAGGUAAGGAGGUUUGUACAGGGGCUCAAUGUAGAGAUACAGGAGGCCUUAGCGGCGGCCCAGAUUAACACUUUUACUGAGGUUUUGGAAAAGGCCCAGAGAAUAGAGAUUGUCAGGGCACUAGUGAGAAAUUUUCAUGCAAAACGGAAAGGGGCGCCUGGUGGAAAUCAAAGGCCGGCACAUAGUGAUCGAAACAUGCCACCCUCUAAAGUCGGUCGUGGAGCUGGAGGUGGAAGGUUUACGGGUACUUCGAGGGGAGGUACGCCGAUGGGAGCCCAAAGUGGAAGAGGACAGGGGAGAGGUGGUCCACAGGGAGGCCAGACCUCCGCUUCCCGAGUAUCGUGUGGAUAUUGUGGGAAAUCAAAUCAUAUCGAGGAUAACUGUUGGAGAAAAGCUCGAAAGUGUUUAAGGUGUGGGAGUACAGAGCACCAGAUUGCAAAUUGCCCACUAAUCAGCGAUACUCAGUUGGCUGGCAAAUCAAACCCGAAACCGACCAAUGUAGGAGGGACCAGGUCGAGGGUGCCAGCCAGAGUGUACUCAUUGGACCAGCAAUCGAUACCUGAGCUGACGGAGGUAGUGGAAUGUACGAUUCCUGUUUUCCAUUGUUUAGCCAAAAUUUUGAUAGAUCCUAGUGCCACCCAUUCUUUUGUUAGCCCCACCUUUAUGCUUGGAAUUGACGUGAAAGUUGAAAGGCUACCUUAUGACUUAGAAGUAAGAACACCUACGGGUAAUCAAACUUUGCUUGCGAAUGAGGUGUAUAGAAACUGCGAUAUUUGGGUUGGUGAGCGGAAAUUAGUGGUUGACCUCAUAAGUCUAGCCAUUAAGGGGUACGAGGUUAUUUUAGGCAUGGAUUGGCUAGUUCAUUAUCAUGCUCGGGUAGAUUGUAGGAUGAAGGUGGUCGAGUUUUACAUACCGGGUGAGGCAAUUCUAAAGCUAGAUGUGAGGGGUAUGUUAGUCUCGUCUGUGCUCAUUUCGGGAAUAAGGGCUAGAAAAUUGCUUAGUCAUGGGGCACGGGGGUACCUAGCUUUUCUGGUUAACGCCCUAGGAGAAAAGAUUAAGCUAGAAGAUAUGUCGGUGAUCAAUGAGUAUCUAGACGUGUUCCCAGAAGAGUUGGCGUCAUUGCCACCCGAAAGAGAGAUUGAAUUUAAAGUUGACUUAGCACCUGGGACUACACCCAUUUCGAAAACCCCUUAUCCGAUGGUACCCGCUAAACUUAAGGAGUUAAAAUUUCAGUUGCAAGACUUGCUAGAACGGGGAUUCAUACACGAGAGCGAGUCACCAUAG